AUGAAGAAGAUAGCCGCGCCUAGGCCGCUCAAGCGAUCGGGCGUUGUCCCGACCGCCCGCAUGCGAGGCGAGAUGGCGUAUUUCCGGGACGACGAGAGCACCUCGGGGAGGAACGAACGCUACGAGGACCUCUACAACGACGUGACGAAUGGUGGAGAGGAGGAGGCGGUGCGCGAUGUUCUGGCGGCCAGCUAUCGAUUCGCUUCGAAGUUGGACGACGAGAGCAUUGAAAUGGAGGGGUCGUGCGAGAUCCAACGAAUCUUCCUCUCGGGCUUCCACACGCCUGGCCCUCGUGGCGCCAACGAUGAAGACGACGACGGCGAUCGAGAUUCACGGCUCUACUUCCUGAGCGAGACCCACGCGACCCAAUCACCAUCCUUCCAGUUCUUCAUCCCCGCCCCUACGCGCAGCUACGCCCACGAAGGGACCUACGACGAAGACGACGUGUACGCCAUCUCCAGCGAUUUCCCUCUGCUCGGCCAUUCCCCCUACCAGCCGAACAACACCAGCGACGACGAGAGCAGCUACUUCGAAGCCUACCACUACCCACGAGCCGCCAACCCGAUGCCCCUCAACACGCCCUUCCAUGCCUCGCUCGCCAACGAUGGACCCUCUACCCUCUACGAGAGCCAGCACCUCGUCGUGGGCACCCGCGGCCACUUCUACACCCUGCCCUCUGGCGGGACGCGCCCGCACAAGGCUAGCGAUGCCCAUCUCCAGCAGCAGUAUCACAACUGGGAGGGCGCCGCUGAAGAGAACGAUCCCCACAACGUGGGCGAGAUGAACCGAACGACUCGCAAUAGGAGCUAUUCCGAGCCCAUCCCCUUCGUCCCUGCCGCCACACCAACCCGUGGCUGA